GAGGAUUUCGUUAGAUAGAUGUACUCGUACUUGCCGCAGUUGCGUUCAAAUGUGAUUUUCAAUUUUAUGUAUUUCAUACUUUUUUUGAAGCAAAAAUGAAAUUAAAAUGGAUCAUCAAUUGAAACCCCGAGUUCGAUCUGCAAAUUAUUCUUUGAUAGGAUCCUUAUAGAUAUUUUGUUGCUAAACUGGUCAUGAGAACGAUGUAGGUACCUACCUACUUAUUUAAGAUGUUUUUCUACGAGUCGCUAGCCACUGCAGCGUUUUUACUACUUAUGCUAUGUUUACCCGAAUACAUUCAAUCAACUUCAUACAAUAAAACCGUAUUCUCAGAUGGUACAAUAAAAUUCAAUCACCUAGCAGUAGAUGUGAACGGUACAUUCGGAGGAAAAAUUUUCAUCGGUGCGGUCAAUCGCUUAUAUGAAUUAUCAUCCGAUCUACAAUUACUGGCAAACGUCCCAACUGGACCAAUUCCUGUAAAUUCGUCAUUUUUACCUGAACAUGAUUCCUACAGGGAAACCCAGCUAUCAGCGGACAACCAUAAUAAAAUACUACUGCUCGAUCAUUCUGAUAAUAAAAAACUCAUAUCCUGUUGGAGCGUUGUAGGGAGUCACUGCAUUACGUAUCAUUUUACCCAUACAAAUUCCACAAUAAGUUCUUUAAUACCAGAAAACUUUUCUGAACCCGUAGUGGCGAAUACUCCUGAUGCGUCCACCGUAGCAUUCAUCAGUAAAAAAUCACAUUCAAGGGCCGAACUCGAGCUCUAUGUUGCUGCAUCUCACACUGUUUUCUCCCACAAUCAAUCCACAGUUCCAGCUGUCGCUGUCAGAAGCCUAAAGCCAGAUAAAUUUCUUCAAAUACCAGCCAAUCACAUAAACAAUAGCUCUACCGAAAAGGCGAUAUAUUUUAAUAAAACUCAAUAUCGUGAUACCUACAUAGUAAAUUAUGUAUAUGGAGUUAGUACUGGAACCUAUCAUUAUAUUUUGACCAUUCAGCGGAAUUCCACGGAAUUAGGGUCUCCUUACGUUUCAAAAUUAAUACGGAUGUGUUGUGAAGGUAGAAAUGUACGUUCACUUCCGAAUGUUUACAUGGAAAUGCCCUUAGAAUGCAUUUCCAACGGUGAAAGACCUUAUAACUUGGUACAAACAGCCUAUGUUGGUAAACCGGGUAAAGAGUUGGCGAAAUCAUUGAAUGUAUCGGAUCCAGAUGAUGACGUGUUGUUCGCAUUAUUCUCCCAGAGUCAAGAUGAAAGUGGAAAUUCCAAAAACACAAAUAAUAAUCGCAGUGCUUUGUGUAUUUACUCUCUGAAAGCAAUUAAUGACAGAUUUAAGAAGAGAAAAAAACAGUGUUUUGGUGGGAUUGGAAAUCGAGGGUUGGGAUUCAUCAAACCGGACGAACCAUGUCUAAAAACAAAUAUGUCAGAAACAGACAAAUAUUAUUGUGACGAAUAUUCUAACAUGCCACUGGGUGAAAAGCAUCCUAUGACAGCAUCUCCUAUCAUUAAACUCAACACACUCGCAACAGCAAUCGUUGUUACCCAGAAAGACACCUACACAAACGUGUUUGUUGGCACAAGCACUGGUCAUUUGAUGAAAAUCAUCGUGAAGGAUGCAAAUAGCACUUGGGAACAAGCUGUCAUUCCAAUUGACGAAGGGUCUCCGGUAAAUUCUGACCUAUUGUUAUCACCUGAUCAAAACUUCCUCUACGUUAUGACUGAAAAUAAACUCACCAAGAUUAAUACAAGCCUGCUAGUAUCCAAUUGCGAAAGGUAUAGCACGUUCAAUAAUUGCACACAAUCCCAUACAUCGCACUGUGGCUGGUGCUCAAUCACCAAGAAAUGCACCACCAAAGGUGAUUGUCAUACUGAUAACCAAUCAUCUUGGAUUCAAAAAGAUUCUCGACAAUAUAUCAAAAUUAAUGAGAACAAUUUUACCAAUAUACAAAUUGGAAGCUCGAAAAUCAUACAAUUGAUCGUGGUUUACGAAUAUUUCGACGCAAUUUCGCAAGAUAAUACUCUUCAAUGUGCCAUAGAUGUGAAAAAUUCAAAGGACAAGGAACCACGACGACGACGACCCUUCAUUACAAAUGCCAGUGUUUACUCAAACACAAAGUACAAUUACACCAUCAACUGUGCAAUUCCUUUAUCUUUCAAGGACUUUGGGAUCUCCCAAGAUAUUCAUAAAGUUGCAGCUAAUUUAUCGAUGAAGGCGAAUACCACAAUUAUUUGGAGUACACCGAUCUUAUUUUUUGACUGUUCUUCCUACACUUCCUGUAUGGAGUGUGAUUGUUCGAGAUCCUCGUGUUAUUGGAAUUCAGCUCGAGGGGAGUGUUCUUAUCGUGGAAAUGACUAUACUGGCGAUCGUGACACUUGUCCUGAUCUACCAGCUCCAUCCAUAUCAUCAUUUUCGCCUCUAAAAGGACCGUCACAAGGAGGUACUAGAAUCACCAUUCGAGGUAAUAAUCUAGGUUGCAGAUUUGAACAAGUAAAUGACGUCAUCGAAGUAGCUGGAACUUCUUGUUUAUUGAUUGCCCACUACAACGAGAGUCAGUAUAAGUCGAGCAAAGAAAUAGUCUGCAUAACCAAUGCAAGUCAUUCAGGAGUUGUUGGGCCUAUUAAAGUGAAUGUGAAUGGAUUAAACGCUACAUCCGAUCAAAAUUUCGCAUUCGUUGAUCCGGAAAUCGAAGAAGAGCCCGUUUAUGAUGGAACUGAUAUUACAAUAAAAGGAACCAAUCUAAAUUCUGGAGCAAAUGUUUCUGUUCAUGUUGGUACCAUCGUUUGUGGAAUAUAUUUGCGUAAUUCGUCUCACAUUAUAUGCUUCAUCACCAAUCCAUCUUCUUCCGAGAAACUGGGUAUCAUUACUGUGCAAUUUGAUGGAAAUGUCAAAAAUUACACUUACAAGAAUGACGAAUCAAGUUCAGAACGUGACCAAAAAAAAUACAACUUACAGCCAAAAGGAAUUAUUUCAGGUGGUGUUGCAAUUCGAAUUCAAAAUCGAUACCUGGUCUCGAUGUUUUCUGAAAGUGAAUGGACAUUCAUUGCACAUUAUAGGGAUUUCACUUAUUCUAGCUCGUGCCAUUUUCAAAGUGAAGAUGACGUAAUGAUAUGUCCUUCACCUCUUAUAUCACUAGAUGACACUGGUCCAAUAGAACCAAGAAAACCGAAAGAAAUGGAUUACUCUUUGAAAAUUCAGAAUCAGCAUUCCCCCUUCACGAUUGCUGGUUCGCAGAAAUUUCUUUUGUAUCCUGAUCCAGAAUUCUAUAGAUUUGAAAACUCAUCGGUUCAAUUUGAAGAUGAACAGAAAUACGUAAUUAUUUACGGAGAUCAUAUCAACAAAGCUUGUCAAAAAGAAGAUAUUCGUGUUCAAGUAGGUAACAAAAAUUGUACGGUCAAGGCAAUAAAUAAGAAGGAUCAGGUCUUAUGUGCUCUGCCAAAAUCUGAAUUACCAGAUCUCUACGAUGAUCCCGAUCAAGAAUACGAUGAGCUAACAGAUAUUGAUAGUAUUACUGUAUCAAUUGGGCAGCAUUUCGUCAGAAAUGUCUCAAAGCAUCCUUUUGUUCCUUCUUUAAACGUCUCGACAAACAGCUUUAUUAUUUACGUCAGCUCUACGUUUUGUUUAAUUGCCACGGUAUUACUCGCUCUAAUCGCAUUCAAGUACAGAAAAACCUUGAAAACAAUGAUGACGAUGCAAAAACAAAUCAAUAAAAUGGGUCUAGAUUCGAUAAAAAUGCGACAACAGAUGAAGAAGAUCAUUAUUCAAAAUGGGAUAUCGGUUGAUCAAAGUUCAUCGGACACGUUGAAUUUAUUCAAUGUCACAAUCGAAUACGCUCCGAUUCCACAAGGUGUUCAAAUUCAUGGACCAUCGCCACCUACAGAAUAUUUAAUACCGAUAGAUCACAAAUGGGAGUUUCCAAGAAGCGGCCUAACUAUUGGGGAACUAUUAGGAGAAGGAGAGUUUGGCCGAGUUGUGAAAGCAAGUGCAUGGAACAUCUUGCGAAAUGACACCGUCACCGAAGUGGCUGUUAAAAUGCUGAAAGAUAUUCAUACAGAUGAAGACAUGAUCGAUUUGGUCUCCGAAAUGCAAAUAAUGAAACUCAUCGGAACACAUCCCAACGUUCUUCGUUUACUCGGGUGCUGCACUCAAGAUGGCAAUUUACUAGUGAUCACAGAGUUCGCUUUGUGGGGUAAUUUACGCGAUUUUCUUCGAAGACACCACCCUUCCGCCAUGAAUAAAAUCACAUCGAGUAAUUUAUCCAAAAAAACGUUACUUUUAUACGCUCUACAAGUAUCCCGAGGAAUGGAACACCUGGCUUCUUUCAAAUGCGUUCAUCGUGAUCUUGCUGCCCGAAAUGUUUUGGUUUGCGAAGAUUACAGUUUGAAAAUCGCCGAUUUUGGAUUAGCCAGAAGUAUGAGAAAUAAAGAUUACUAUAGGAAAACAACAAACGGAAAAUUACCAGUAAAAUGGAUGGCUCCUGAAUCAUUGUCUCUUGGUUUUUACACUACUCAAUCAGAUGUAUGGUCAUUUGGUAUACUAGUAUGGGAAAUCAUGACCUUAGGCAGUAACCCUUAUCCCUCAUUAUCAGACGUUAAUAAAUUACCCGAAGCUUUGAGCUCAGGCUACAGAAUGGAAAAACCUCCAAACUGUUCAGAAGAAACGUAUGCUUUGAUGCAAGAAUGUUGGCAAUACCAACCUGAAGACCGUCCAACUUUUGCGAAGAUUUCGAAAACUUUGGAUCAGAUGAUAUCUAGCCCAGAGGUGUUUGAACAAUGUGAUCCGAAUAAGUCAAAUGGACACGAAUCCAUUGAUUAUUUACGUGUGGUGGAUUUCGAUUCUGAUUAAUGCCUUCUUCAUAUCAUUUCCUUAUGUGUUCUGUAGAAUAUGUAUCUACACCUAGCUAUGAAUUCAGACGUGCUCAACUGAAAAAUACUUACCUAUUCACCAAUUACGUUUGUAGGCAUUUAUGCCUCCUUUUUUUCCUUGGUGAUUUUUCUCGUUUUUAUUGUCAACCGAAUUUCUCAUUUUUUUUUUUUUUUUUUAAUAUUUUUGACUGAUUAUUAAUUAAAUUAGCCUAUGUCUCAAUCAUAUUCUCACGUUUUCUGAUUUGUGUUGGGCAAUUAAUUUAUACCUAAUCUGUAAAGGAUGGUACCUCAACCUUCUUCAGUUUGUAUUCGCUGUUUUCUGAAUGUUGGUGACUUUAAUUUAAACUCUUUCAAGCGAUUUAAUAUUGAUGUAAGGUUAGCUGUCCUCAUUUUCCAAUGAUAUGUAUUAUUUUUGUGCCAGCCAUGCCGUUCUCUAUGUCGAGUAUAAGUUUAAAAUAAUUGUAAUGGUAAAAACGUACCUAGGUAUUGACCUACUUAUCUACCUAUAGUGCUUUAAUAAGUCAUCAGUGAUUCAGAUUUUUCAUCGAAAGAAGAAAUACCUAAACAGCACUCACAGCAGUUAUUGGAAUAUCAAUUUGUAUCACUGGUAUUACCUCAUGUUUUGUGAAUUGAUAAUGAUUUUUAUUCGCGUAAAUAUUAACAGGUGCUCGUAAUAUUGAAAAGUUUCCAUUAUCAUUCUCACAUGAAAAAAUAACCACAUGAUUUCUAAAAAAUUGAUCUAAUUAAACUUCUAGAUGAGUUGGUAAUUAGUGAGAAAUAGGUACAUGUAAGCUUGCGGACAUCUAGGACACGGUGGAAUUUCAAAGUCACAUUCCCCUGCAAUUUAGUGUAAAAAUGACCUGUUGCAGAGUUUUUGAAGAACAUCAAGCCCAAAAUUUGGUCAUGGAUUUUCAGGUUUUUGAAAAGGAGUGAUGCGAUCUACAAUGAAAAUAGGUUAAACAUGAGAAAUUAAAACAUUUCAACGAGAAUGCUUCUUGAGUCUUUUUAAAAAAAGUUUUAAACCAAAAUUCAGUCAUGAUUUUUAAGAUUUUUGAAAAAGCUGACGUGUAACCAAUCAGAAUAAAAUCUUGGAAUUUUGGCAAAAAAUUCAAAAUUUCUAUCAAAAAUUCAUUCGAGCGCUUUUGAAGAUAUUCGAGCCCAUUUGGUCAUGAUUUUUAAGAUUUUUCAAAAAGCGCCAAUGAAACUCAUUACGAGUAAAAUGGGUUGAAAUUUUCAUUGAAAACUCGAAUAUUUCGGUGAAAAUUCUUCUUGAGCAUUUUUUACGAGUUUUUAGCUCAAAAUGGGUCAUGAUGAAUUUUCGGAUUUUUUUUAGAACGUUGUCAUGUAGCCAAUCUACAUAAAUUGGAUAACAUUUCGACAGAAAAUCAAGAAUUUCUAUUGAAAUUUUUUUGUGGACUUUUGACGACUUUUGAGCUCAAAAUUCGGUCAUAAAUUGAGAUUUUUCAAGAAACGUCACGUGAUGACCUACUAAAAUAAGUUGAAAUGUUAUUUAUUUCAACCAAAAUACCCUUUGAGCAUUUUAAAAAAAUAAUUCCAAGUCCAAAAUUGGGUCAUGAUUUUUAUGAUUCUUGAAAAAUGUGUGAUAUGACCAAUCAUCGUGGGAUAAAAUUUUAUCAAUAAAUUCAAAAUCUAUGUAAAAAAUUUAUUUGAGUACUUUUGAAGAGUUUUAAGCCUAAAAUUUGGUCUUGAUAUGUGGGAUUUUUGAAAAAAGUGUCACGUGAUUCAUCAUUAUUGGAUAAAAUGUUGAGAGAAACUCAAAAUUUUUUAUCAAAACGUUUUUGAACACUUCUUAAGAAUUUUAAUCUCAUUGGAUCAUGUCGAUUUUCCAGAUUUUUGAAAAAUGAGUCACUGAUGUUGUCUUUGUCUAUCGAAAUGGGUUAAAAUUUGCACAAAAAGGUCAAAAUUUUCUAUCAAAACUUUAUUUUGAAUACUUUUAAAGAAUUUUGAGCCUAAAAUUAUUGGUUCGUGAAUUUUGGGAUUUUUGAAAAAUGCUAUAUGCAGCGUGCCUAUUGAAAUAAGUUAAAAUUUCACAUGAAAUCAAAACUCAAAAACCCCAAAAAAAUAAACUUUGCUCAAAAAAAAUUUAUUGGUCAAAUUUUUGGAUUUUUUAGCCGGAUUUUCAGCUUAUUUUGAUAAAUAGCGUGUCGCCAUCGUCACUUUUUUCAAAAAUCAUAACCCAAUUUCGGUGUCGAAUUUUUUUUAAAAAUUCUCAAAAUGUAUUUUUGUCGAAAUAUUUUGAGUGUUUUGAAAAAAUAUUAACCCAUUUUGAUAGAUCACAAUAUGAUGCUUUGAAAUUUCAAAAAUCAUGACUCAACUUUGGGCUCAAAAUUCUUCAAAAGCAUGCUUUAGAAUGUUUUGAUGAAAAUUUUUGAUUUUCUACCAACAUCUCAUGAGUCACAUGACAUCUUUUUCAAAAAUCCCAGAAAUCAUGAACCUAUUUUGGCCUUAAAAGUUGAAAUUUUUCAAAAAUACUCAAAUAAGUUAGUAUUUUUGUCGAAAUAUUCAAGAUUCUCGCGAAAUUUCAACCUACAUAUUUUGAUAGGUUGAAAGGUCACUUUUGAAUAAUUCUUCAACAUAUUCUUUUUACUGCAACUUCAAAAUUUUAAAUUUUUGGGCUCAAACCACUUUGAAAACUGGAGGCUUAUUUUAUCUACAAAAAGCCAACUGAUUUUUUUUUCCCAAAAAAACUCCAGCAAAAUUCAUUUAAUUUACGAAUUAUUUUUCGGACCCCUUCCACCUUUUUUUCCCCAAUAUUUAUCAAGGUAUGGAAAAAAUGACUCAUUAUUUAUGUAAAAGAACAUAUUUUUAAAAUUGAUUUUAUUGUACAUUUAAACGGUAUAUACAUCACACUAACUGAAUAAAUAAAAAAAAUAGUAUUAUACGUUCGAU